GCUUUGGCGCCCAUUAUAAACUCACGUUUUAUUUUUCUAAAUCCUUAUUCCUCAAAUGGCUUGGCUUCGUUUCUUCUCAAGAACCCUAAUAAAAUCUCAAAACCCAAUCCUUCCCCAAAUCUCAUCUUCUUCCCCAAACCCUAACCCUAAUCUCAGAACCUUCCCAUUCUCAACCUCAUUUCUCAUCACAAAAACACCAAACAAAUUAAAAAAAAGGCGAAAAAAACCAGAAUCCGCAAGAACCAAAUCAAUCCAACACGAAUCAACCAAAAUCUCACAUUUCGAAUCACUCGUUUCACGCGACGCUCAUUUCCGAUUCCUAAUCCGAUCCAAAGAAUUCAUCUCAAAGCAACCAGAGCGAAUUCUCCGACUAGAUGACGCCGGAAAACUCUACCGUGAGCUCGGAUUCCCUCGCGGUCGUAAGGUUACUCGAUUCAUACCAAAACAUCCUCUGAUUUUUCAAACGUAUCGACAUAACGAUGGGAAGAUUUGGUUAGGGUUUUCGGAGUUUAUGCAGGAUUUGUUAGAUGAAGAGAAAGGUUUAAUGGAAUUAAUGGAGUUAGAUAGAGUUAAUCGUGUUCGUAAGUUGUUGAUGAUGACGAAAGAUAAACGAAUUUUGUUGAGUAAAAUCCAUCACACUCGAUUGCUAUUCGGUAUUCCUGAAGAUUUUCGAGACCAGGUUGCGAAGUAUCCGGAUUAUUUCCGGGUUGUUACGGGUGGAGAUGGGAAUCGAGUGCUUGAGUUGGUGAAUUGGGAUGCGAAUCUUGCGGUUAGUGAGCUCGAAAGACAGUUUAUGGUUGACGAAGAUAAAGCGAAACGAGCUUUUAAGUUUCCGGUGAAACAUGGGAAGGAGUUGGAAUUGGAAGAGAAGGAUAAGAGGAAGCUGAAUCAGUUGAAUACGUUUCCUUUGGUUUCGCCGUAUUCGGAUGGUUGGAAGUUUGAUGUUUGGACAUUAGAAGCGGAGAAGUACCGUGUUGGGAUUGUGCACGAGUUUUUGAACUUGACGUUGGAGAAAAGAGCUUCGAUUCAUCAUAUUGUGGAGUUUAAAGAUGAGUUUAGUUUGACUAGACAGACUUAUCUGAUGUUGAAGAAGCAGCCUACUACUUUUUACUUGGCUGGUACUGAGAUGAAUUGGACUGUGUUUUUGAAGGAUGGUUACGACGAGAGUGGUGUUUUGAUUAGUAAAGAUCCACAGGUUGUGUUUAAUGAGAAGCUGUAUAAGUAUGCAGAUAUGCAGCAGAUGGAAGUUAAUUAAUUCUGGCUAAAACAGUUGAGCAGAGAGACAUUGAUGGGCUAAUCUUGAAGGACAGUAAGAGUUUUAACUGCUGCUUUCUGUCGUAGCAUCGGACAGUAAGAGUGCGCUAUUUCUGUUGUAUCAUUAUCGGAUCGAAUCUAGAUGGUCUUGGUUCAAUCUGUUCGAAAGAUAGCUCAGUUAGUUGUAGUAUCAGUUCUGAUCUAGUAUUGACAGAAAAUAAAUUGGGCUACAAUGUUGUAAUCUGAAAUCAUUUUACACUUUUCUACAAACUGGUAAGCUAUGAA